CUCCGAUGGCGAUGGGUGGGGAGACCUGGCAGGUAAGGACAGGAAGGUGUGAGUGCUGGGCAAAUUGGUUCCAGGCUGUUGGUGCCCCCUCAAUGCCCCCUUCCCUCCAUGCAGGCGUCAGGCAGCAGCUGGACCAGCUGGCAACCCUGCCCAUCCAGGCCUUGGUGUUGGGCCCUAUCCUUGAAGGCAGAGGGGCCAACCUGACCCAGAUCAUCCCUGCCCACGGAUCGCUGGCACAGCUGCAAGCUCUGGUGACUGAUGGGCGCAAGAGAGGAAUCCGAAUCCUGCUUGAACUUCCACCUUGGGGAGAAGAGGGCGGCACAUCAGCUGAGAGCAAUCACACAGUGCAGCUCCUCAAGGAGGCCCUACAGUUUUGGCAGUCCAAAGGCCUGCACGGUUUUUUGGUGGACAAAGACCCUGCCUGGUGCCUCCUCAUGGUAUUGAAGGCCUGGGGCGCCCUUGAUGACCGGAGGCAAAACGAUCCACGGGAUGAAUGGGCCCUCAUCGUAUGGGACCGGACUGAGACCUGUGGAGCUUCUGAGGGGAUGCCCAGCAGGGUCAUCCUCACCUGCCACCUGCCGGGAACCCAGAGAAAUCUCUCUGCUCAGGCACUGCUGCAACUGGCACAGGGAUCCCUGCAGCUCCCUGGCACGCCGUGGCCCAGCUGGGCAGUACCCAGGGGACUCUCGCCUGUUGGUGGCUGGGGGGAAAUCCUUGGGGUGCUGCUCUUCACUCUUCCAGGAGUGCCCCUGGUGCAAGGGGGGCCAAGGUCACCGCUCCCGCUGGAGUUCGAGCUGAUGGAAGGAAAGCCCAGCAGACCCCCGCUGGCAGCCCUGUACCGGUCCCUCCUGGAAUUGCACGCAAAGUCCUUCUCCUUACAGGACACCGACUUCACCCCACUGCCACUCCCCAGUCAUGCCGACGACCUUGUGGCUUUCCUCCGGCCGGGCGCCUGCUCUAGCCUCCUGGUAAUCCUCAACCUGGGGCCGCAGCCCGCCCAGCUCAGCCUGAAGGAGCUCAGCUUCCCCGGGCAGGCCAAGGUGGUGCUCAGCACCCACGUCAAGCCCCAGAAAGAAGCCAGCGUGGAGAUGGUGAGGCUGGUGCCGCAGCAGGCCCUCCUGCUCCAGGUGCCCCGAGGAUACCAGCCCUCAGGAGGGCGAAAGUCGCGGCGCCGUUGCGGGCGGGGAGGCCGGGCUGCCUUUGCUCUCGGCCACGGCGGCUCCAGUCGCGUCUCCCCGCGGAAGCGCCAGCCUGCCCAAGGAGCCCGUCCUGCCUCGCAAGGGCGUUUUGCGAAUUCGGAGGCGGCUCUGCGCGACUCGGAGCCGGCGGCCGCCCGACGCCCCUUUGGGGGAGACCCCCCCUUUCCACCCACCGCGGCGGCCCUCGCGGUGCCCUUUUAA